UUCGGAACGCCUUUCUGUGCAGCUACGCACUUCAUGCAUGACUCGAAACGCACCCCAUGAUUGACGCUGUUAUUACACAAAAUGCUGGCGUUGGAGCGUAUACCUGAUCAAAUUGGAUACUUGGUAUUAACUGAGGAUGGUGCUGUAUUAACAUCUGGAGGAGAUUUAGAAAAUGAUGAAAGAGUGGCAAAUAUUAUCAGUAGUUUGGUAACACUGACGAAUAAAGUUGAUCCUAUGGCAUUUCCGUUGCAUGAUCCUUUUGAAAAAAUAUCGAUCAAAUAUAAGGAUCAUUGUUAUGUCGUGUGUCUCUCCAAUAAGAAGAUUUACGUAGUGAAAAGAAAACUACCAUCCCAGACUACAGCGAUCGUCGAACAGCAGUCUAUCAUCGAUGUUUAGAUAUAAUAAUAAACCUAAU